AUGAGUGGGCAACAAUUGGCUAUUGCUACUCUUCUAUAUUCUGCAGCUUACCUCCCCGGUGUCUUUACGCUUGGUUAUCAAUUGAAGAAGCUUCGAGGCGGCAAAGACGUUGCACUGUUGCUUCUUGUUUCUAGAGAUCUUUACCGAGACGUCUUAACGGAGCUUUCGCUAGAUAUUCUGCGUAAACUUUUCACUGAUAUCAUUAUUGUAGAUCCAAUUCAGGGUACUGCUGGCAACAAUGAGAAUUUAAAAUUGUUGAAUAGGCCUGAGCUGCAUUUUACCCUUGUUAAGGCAAGAUUAUGGGAAUUAAACUACGAUCGAGUCUUGUACUUGGACGGUGACACCUUACCAUUGAGUACUGAUGUUUUCAACCUUUUUGAAAAUUAUCCAAUAAACCAAAAUCAAAUUGCAGGAGCUCCCGAUGUUGGUUGGCCAGACAUGUUUAACAGUGGUGUCUUACUAUUAGCACCUGAUAAAGAAUUAGCACAAUCAUUGCAAAAAUUUAUUUCUGAUACCGUUUCGAUGGAUGGGGCUGAUCAAGGUGUCUUAAAUCAAUUCUUCAAUGCCCAUUGUAGCAGAGGAAUUGAAAAUAUAGAACAGAGGUGGAUACGAUUACCGUUCGUCUAUAACGUUACGAUGCCCAAUUAUGGCUAUCAAAGUUCCCCAGCCACCAAAUUCUUUAAGAAACAGAUUAAGUUAGUUCACUUCAUCGGGGAAAAUAAACCUUGGAAAGGUUGGUGUGGUGAUGAAGACAGUUAUUCUAGCCAAUGGAAUAAGGUGUUUCUAGAAUUUCAAUCUGAAUACGACCUUGCACGAUACAUGAAGGGUCUCAAAUUAGAAACAAGUUCAUCUGCUUGGUUGGAAUCCAUGACUCAAUCUCAACAGGAACCCGAAAGAGUCUUUCCAGAUCAACGAACACAACAGCCUGUUCAUAUCACCCCCAUUGCUCCUAUCACUUCUUUUACUCCUACUGCUCCCUCUGCUCCUACUGCUUCCACCACUUCUUUCACACCCACCUCUCCUACCAUUUCUACCACUCCCACUGCUCCCACCACUUUUACCAGCCCUUCCACUACUUUAAAGAAAGACAGAAGUAUAGGAAUUAUGUCUCCCGAAGAACCAAAGCCUACCCCUGUUAGUGUAGAAAGAGUCUUCCCCGAAGACAGUUUGGAGCCAGAAGAAAGAGCCUUCCCAUAUGACUUACGAGAUUGGAGAAGUAGAUUCUUCUCAACUAAAAAUGAGAAGAAUAAUCACUAA